GUAUGUUGCUGUAGGAGACGAACCGUUUCUCCAGAGAUAUGGCGAGCAGUUCCAUCCUUUUGUCAUUGGAGCAGCCACCAAUAUUCAAACCGCUUUGCGCAGAGCCAACUUGGAGAGCAAGGUGAAGGUAGUGGUUCCUUGCAGUUUUGAUGCCUUCCUGUCAGAGUCAGGUCUUCCUUCAAAAGGGCACUUCCGAGCUGACGUUAACAGAACCAUGAUUCAACUUCUCACAUUCCUAACAAAGCAUGGCUCACCAUUUUUUGUUACCAUCUCCCCCUUUUUAAGUUUCCACCAAAACAAAAACAUCUCUCUUGACUUUGCUCUAUUCAAAGAAACUGCAAAACCUCGCAAUGACAGCCGUAGAACAUACAAAAACAGCUUCGACCUAAGCUAUGAUACUCUUGUUGCUGCAUUGUCAACUAUAGGAUUCUCCAGAAUCAACAUUGUCGUGGCACAAAUCGGCUGGCCUACAGAUGGAGCUGCCAAUGCAACCUCAGCCAUUGCAGAAACCUUUAUAAAAGGCUUGAUGGAGCAUCUUCAUAGCAGAGUGGGGACGCCAUUGAGACCUAAAAUUCCACCAAUUGAGACGUACAUACUUAGCCUCUUAGACGAGGAUCAAAGAAGUGUAGCUGCUGGCAGUUUCGAGAGACACUGGGGCCUCUUCACUUUUGAUGGUCAAGCCAAGUAUCGAGUUGAUUUUGGCCAAGGCUCAAGAAACCUUGUAAAUGCACAAAAUGUUGAGUACUUCCCAUUAAGGUGGUGUGUACUGAACAACAACAAGGACUUGUCUAAUGCAACUACGAGUGCUCAGGAGGCGUGUUCUGCUGCUGAUUGCACUGCACUGUCUCCGGGCGGGUCAUGUUCCAACCUUAGUUGGCCUGGGAACGUAUCGUAUGCAUUUAAUAGCUACUACCAACAACACAAUCAAAGUGCAGAUAGCUGUGACUUUGGGGGUUUAGGUUUGAUCACGACCGUAGAUCCAUCUGUGGACAAAUGUAGGUUUCCAGUUGAACUUCGAAAUUCUUAUUCACAUUCCCUAAAGAAGGCGACCUCUCUUUUCCGGAUUAUGACUUUGCUA